GGGGAGGGCUGGCUGGGGAGCAGCUCAAUGUCUGAGAUAUUUGGGAGGAGGUCUCAUUUGCUAUCUGGUCUCUCUCUCAGGGUGGGAGCUGCCAGCUAUUGGGAGAAUAAGAGAAUGGAAGAGAAUAAAGACGCUGCUGCCGGGAUAAGGUGCCAGGCUGCAAAGCGAUGCUGAAACGCUGGACUAACAGAAUACAAGGAGUUACUGCCAUCUAGUGAUCUCGUCUUGUUAGUGCAGCAUUAUACAGCGGCUGCCUCUGCUGUAACAUGUUGUAAAUCCACUCACAAAGAGGAAUUCAUUUAUUUCAGUGUGUGUGGCCAUGAAGACAAAAGGGGAGUUAUUCAAAAGAGUAGCAUCUGGAGUCUUUAGCUGGGACUUUUUCUGCCACCAUCUGUCGGAGCAACCUGCUUACACCUCACAGACUCUUCUAUAAAGCAGUCUACUUUGGAAGGAUACCGAAUAUCAUUUCAGAGAUCUCCUCUUAGUAAUGUUUUUGGCCCCCAGAUAAGAGACGUUUGGGCUUGUAAAAAGAAAUAAAGGAUUGACGAAACCAUGGAUCUUCUGCAGCCCCCCAAUCGACUGGUCCGAUUGUACAGAGAGUACCAGAACAAUGAAGUCAUCUCUCUGCACUACAACUUCACAGGAAAGCUCAAUACAAGCAGGUACAAGGGAGGACUAAAGGCCGAGGCUGUAUUCUUUUUGGUGGUUUGUGUCUUCAUUGUCUUGGAGAACCUCAUUGUGCUCUUGGCCCUCUGGCGCAACAAGAAAUUCCACUCCCCCAUGUUUUAUCUCCUGGGGAACCUGACACUGUCAGACCUUCUGGCUGGUGUGGCAUACAUGGUGAACAUUUUGAUGUCUGGUGCCCACACUUUGCGCCUUACUCCCGCCAUGUGGUUUGUUAGGGAGGGAGGCGUCUUCAUCACACUAACUGCCUCAAUAUUUAGUCUUCUGGCUAUUGCGAUAGAACGCCACAUUACUAUGGUUCGGAUGAAACACUACAGCGGGGACAAGAAGGGGCGCAUGGCCUUGCUCAUUGCAGCGGCUUGGCUUGUCUCAAUCCUGUUAGGCGUGUUGCCGAUACUAGGUUGGAACUGCAUCAGCGACCUCCAGUCUUGCUCCACCAUUCUACCUUUGUACUCAAAGAACUAUCUUCUGGUCUGCAUAAGUAUCUUCCUGGCCAUUCUCAUAUCCAUUGUGGUUCUCUAUCUCCGGAUUUACAGGAUUGUUAAGGUCAACAGCCAGAGACUUGGCACUCUUCGUAAGGGGACCAUGAAAAAGUCCCAAAAGUACAUGGCCCUGCUGAAAACUGUCACCAUUGUGGUGGGAACAUUUAUUAUGUGCUGGCUUCCUCUCUUUGUACUUUUUCUGUUUGAUGUAUCAUGUGAGGUCAAUGCCUGCCCUAUUCUCCUAAAGGCAGACUACUUCCUUGGUCUAGCCAUGAUCAACUCUCUCCUGAACCCAAUUAUCUACACACUCACCAGCCGUGACAUCAGGAGGGCAAUCCUUAAACUGGUUUUCUGUCUAUGCCUAUCAUCUGAAGAAGGAGAGGGCAGGCGUAGGCCUUGGUUCCUUCCUGUAAUAGAGGGAAGCACAAGCAAAUCUGAGAAAUCUUCCCACAAACACGAAGCUCUAGAAACCACCGUAUCGUCUGGAAAUGGAACCCCCACCCCAGUGAAGUGUCUUAUGCCUAAAAAUGUGGACUGUUGAGCCCAUUUGGAUUUUAAAACUUGAUGUGAAGGACACAUAGAAGUGUAGUAGAGAAUUGCACAGCAUGAAGGAUGGUAGAUAUACCUAGAGCCUGAUGUAUGGUAUAAAUACCUGGAGAUUUGUAGCAAAAGGGCCUAAAGCGAUUCCUAGAAAUGUGUAUGCUGGGAGGGUAGGGAAUGCCCCAUACCUUAAAAUAUAAGGUAAACACAUGUAGCAGAAGAUCAUUGUAACUCUACAGUAUAUGGAGUACUAAAGAGUCAUGGAAAUUAAAGCAUAACCAACGGCCGAGGACCUUUUUGUGAUGAAGGAGUAGACAAGGGUCCUAAAGGUUACAAGUAAGCCUGUAGGUUGUAGGCCUGUGGGUUACAUGAUGGUUAGGUUGAUUAUGUGAUUAUGGUUGGUUACCAUAAGGGACGUCAGGGUCUUUAAAAUGAUGUAGGGUUCUUUAACCAAUCAUAAAAAAGAAGUUCCUUAGAACCUUCAGAACUCAGUAGAGUAAAAUGCCCCAAAACUUACUAUAGUCCUUUGAGAAUAUCAGCCUAUCGUAAGCGGGUGUGAAGCAGUAGCAGCCAUUUAGAAAGGUUUUAACCUUUAUGUGAUUUUGUUACUGAGACUCAAGUGUAUAUUUUGUAUGUAUUAUCUGUAUAUAAAACACGAAGUGAAUUAUUACAUAUGACUGGGACUGCUGUGUUAUAUUCUUUGCAAUUAUUAUCAUAACUUUUAUUAUCAUACGGCCCACACCAUAGCUGCUACUUAUAGCUGGGGGGGUUUUAUUGCUUCCUAUUGGGUCUGUUGGUCUUAUUUGUGGGACUGACUUCCAUGCAUCUAAAGAACACCGAAGAAGCCAUGAUGGCUACAGGUAAAGGAACUAGGGAUGCACCGAAUCCAUAUACAAAUAAGGGUUCGGUAUUCGGCCGAAUCUUUCGCUAAGGAUUCGGGAGUUCGGCCAAAUCCAAAAAAGGGCAUUUACGUGACUUUUUGUCAGAAAACAAGGAAGUAAAAAAUGUUUUCCCCGUCCCACAACUAAUUUACAUAUGCAAAUUAGGGUUCCGAUUCGGUUCGGUAUUCGGCCGAAUUUUUCGCUAAGGAUUCGGGAGUUCGGCCGAAUCCAAAAAAGUGGAUUCGGUGCAACCCUAAAAGGAACAGCCAAUCACUGCCCUGUAUCCAUGUGCAAUCAGCUCUCAUUCCUCAGUUUUUAAUGACUCAAACAUAACAUUUGUAAAUAGUUCUGUAUAUAUGAAUAUAUUUACUGUAAAUAAAUAAAUGUAUAUGGAGUUGGAUGAA